AUGCUGGAUAAAUUCAAAAACAUUGUUAAUCUGAACAACAAUGUAGCUGAUAAAGAUGCAUCCAAGAAUGCUGAAGCAAACAAGAACCAAGAGGGAAAUGUAAAUUCAGAUGGAAAUAAAAAAGUUGGUGGUGAUCCAUCUUUAGAUGGAACAGAUGAAAAGACUUUUUUUGAUGAAAUGCUAGGAGCACCACAGUAUACAUAUGAUGAAUUCUUAAAAGUAUUAAAAAGUCCAAAACAAGAGAGAGGAGAUACGGAAGAUUUAAAAAAACAUUGGGGAUAUCCCAGAAGAUGGAAAGUUAUUUUGUGGGAUUUACAAAUACAGAAUUAUAUGAACAGUGAUUUUAAUGCAUUCGUUGACUUUGACUUUGGAGGUAACCGAGAGGAGUGUCGAAUACAGAGAGGUUCCAGUAUGAAAAUUUAUGCAAAGGGAAAAGUGAAGAACUGUCUGAGAACCCACGUUGUGUCUAAUGUUGGGGCAGAAGAAAAAAAAAAUAUGAAUUUUACAAGCGUGUUUGAAUACAGAGGUUCCUAUUUAGACUUAGAAAAUGAAAAAUUACGAAUAAAAGUAUGGGAAUAUAAACAAUAUACUUUAAAUAAAUUAGAAGGAAUAUAUGAAGAACCUCUUUUAUCAUUUGCCGUUGGACAAAUAUAUAAUGAAACAACGUUGUAUAAAUUAAUGAAAGAUACAAGAGUUAAACGAUGUCGUUUAUUUUUCCAGUUAUAUUUUCAAGAGUUAUAUGAUUUUGAAUUAUCAUUUCUGAAUUGGUCAUUUAGUGAUUUAUUAUCUUAUACAUAUAUACAAGCUAAAAGUUUUAAAUAUGUAGAAGACGAUCCUAAUAUAAUUGGAAGGAGAUUUAAUAAAAAUGGGCAUUGUCUUUUAUUUCCUGAGGGGGGAAGAUGUGUAAAAGUAAAAAAGUUAAAUAAAAAGACCAAAAAAAAAAUAGAAAAAAAAAGUACAGAAUGUGGUAUAAAUGUAAAUUAUUCUUUUAAUACUGUUUUAUCUGGAAUUUCAGAACAAAAUGAUAAAAAUGGUCAAAAUAACAGUAAUACUAACAAAAACAAAAUAGAUAGAAAGACAAAAAAUCUCGAAACUUUAUUUUUUAGAAAUCUAAGCUUAAUGCAAAAUGUAGAAGAAAAUGACCAACUCUCCUCUUACAAAAAUGUGGAAAAUAUUAAUUUCCCAAACCCUAGAGUUACUAUCACAUUAAUACACACACCUAAAGGCCAUGACGGAUUGUCUCUCACAUCGAUUGAACAGAAAGAAAUUAGUUUUCCUAUCUGGGAAAAUCUCGGGGAGAUGUAUUUCAGGGGUACCCUCAGGGACCUCGAUGUCUCAUACUUGAGCAUCAAAGUAGAGGAUAUGUCCGCACCCAAAAACAGGAGAGAAAUCGGGACGUGCCAAAUUCCAUUGAAAGGAAUUGUAGAUUACCCAUAUGUUAUGCAUGAGCUUGAGGCUCCCCCUUGGUUAAUUGAAGAAGCAAAAUAUGAAGGAUGGGAAAACAAAUUAGAAGAAUGGAAAUUAGGGACAGUAGAAGGAAAAGUGCUAAUUUCGAGAGUACCACGCUAUAGACAGAUGGGAGAUAUAUAUCAUUUGGAUUGUCGUUAUUCUUAUUUAAUAGUUCAUAUACUUAAUAUCGAUAAAAUAGUAACUGUAGAUAACAUAAAAGAAUUAGAUACAUAUGUAGAGGUUUCAUUUGAUGAGACAAGUAGAAGAACGAGAUUUGUCAAAAAAACAUUAUCUCCUUAUUAUGACAGCCAAAUAGCUAUACCAUUACGGUUUAAUCAUAAAGAUGAAGUUAAUUAUUACAAUUUUAGUAAAAAAGGGUGUAUAUAUAUAGAUGUAUGGGGGAAAUCAGAUGAAAUUAUAUACGUUGGUGGAAUAUGUAUAACACCAUAUGAAAUAUUUUUUAAUGAGAAAAAUGUUAAAAGAGCUAAAACAAAAUUAGAACACAUAGAUUUAGAGACAAAUGUUAAAACUCCAUACGACACAGUUGUGUAUAGAGGAUGUAAAAAAUUAUUAUUUCUACAUAACGAUCAAAGAGUAUCAAAUAUACACUUCAGUAUUUGGACAUACCCUGAUAUACUAAGUAAUGAUGAUGAAUAUAAUAAUAUUGUUGCUCCUCCUAUGUUCAACACUACCAAAUAUUUCCCUACUAAGUUAGCAGAAAAAUAUGAAAAAUUGAAAAUUCUAUAUUUAGAAGUAUUAAAAACAAUAAAAGGAAUUCCAGAUGGAUGCACAGAUAUAUAUAAGACAAAAAGAUUUUUUAAUUACGAGUUAUAUAAUCAAAGAAAAGAAAGCCAUUUUUUACCUACUCUAAUUACAAGUGUCAAAUCACCAUAUGGUGCAGAAUCUACCAAUGCAAUAUUCCAUUAUGUUAGAUGUAUACCAUUUAUUCAUAAAAAAGAAAAUAUAGCAUUUACGCCAGAUUUUACAUUACAAUUAAAAGGAGGAAAUGCUGUAGACCAUAGUUUAUUAUUAUGCAGCUUAUUUCUAGGUAUACCUGUCAUUUCUUUUGUUUGCUUUGGAACCCUAUGGGAUAAUCAGAAACACGCAUGGGUGUGUACUUUUGAAUUUAAUGAGGAAAAGAAUUAUGGAAUUAUAAAAUUUUGGGAAACUACUACAGGAAAUGUAUAUACUUUGAAAAAAAGAUUUACGGAUAUGAAUAAAUUAAAAAGUUUAGAAAUAAAAUUAAAUGAAUCUAAAUAUAAAUUACAUAUGAGACAUGGUUUUCUACAAAAAAAUGGAAUCAAUACAACAAAUGUAGAAAAAAUUAAAGAAGAAACUAAAAGACAAAUUAAAGAAUUAUUCAAAAAUAGAAUAUCAGAUACUCCAGUUGGUGGUCCAUCUAUUCCUUAUAAAACAAUAGAUCUUAUUUUUAAUAAUAAAAAUAUUUAUCUAAAUUUACAAGACCCGAACCCAUUAAAUAUUUGGUAUGAUUAUUGGAAAUUUGAUUUAUGGUUUCCAUUUUCAUCCAUUGAAUAUAAUAUUCAACCUUGUUUUACAAUUAAAAAUUUUUCUCAUAAAAUGGAAGAUAUGGAAUUAGAUAGAAUAGCAAAAGAACUUAGAGCAAGCAUUGAGAAAAACAUAAAUGUUUAUAGAGCUUCCAGAAAUUUAUCAACCAGAUGGAACCGAGAUGAGACACUAGAACUCUUUCUACAAGUCGGGUUAGAAUUAUUGCACCAAUUAAAUACUUCACGAAAAGAAGAUGCACUCUUGGCUAAAUUAAAAAUUGAUGAUUGGAAAAAAGCAUUAUAUCAUAAAGUACCACAAAGUCAUAGAUUACUUGGAUUUCCAUACCAUUUCAACACUUGUAAAUCAAAAUUCAUUUCUGAUAAACUUAUUAGUACAUUAGCAAUUUUAGAAUCAAGAGAUAGAUCCCUAUGUCUUUCGCUAGCUGUCUGUUUGUAUAGUCUACCCGGAGAUUUUAUAUCUGCUUACAUUUAUAUUAUUACCUGUGUUAAAAUAACUCAAAGAGAAUUACGCAAAAUUGAAAUGGUCAAAGAAAAGGCUCAAAGAAAAGCUGAAAUAAAGAACGCCAAAAAGAAAAAGGAAAAAACCGAAACUGAAAAUGUAGAUGAUCGGACUGUGGAUGUAAUAGAUGAGGAUGCUCUUGAUCAGCAUAUGCUUGAUGAUACCUUGAAGUAUGAUACUUAUGAAGAAGAAAAGAUAGAAUACAGCUCCCUCAAGCAUAGAGGAAUUGAAGAAGAACAUGCAGGUGAUCAUAGGAGGGGAGAUGCCAUCGAUAACCAUAUAAAUGACGAAAGGAUGCCAAGACAAUCCUCGGAAGGCAAUAGGAGAAAAUCCAAAAAGAAGAAGCUAAUCAAAUCGGACUAUAUGAUCAGUCCUUUGCCAACCAUCAAAAAUGAUGAGAAAGGAGAGGAAGGUGAGAAAGAAGAGAAUGCAGAGAAUGCAGAGAAUGCAGAAAAUGUAGAGAACGCAGAGGAUGCAGAAAAUGUAGAGAACGCAGAGAAUGCAGAAAAUACAGAGAACGCAAAGAAUGAGAAAAAUCAAGGAUAUAAAAACAGAGAAGAAAACAUCAUUGAUAGCAACCGGAUGAUAAAGACACAGGAAAGGUUGAAUAAUUUGAAAAAAAUGGAUCCCGUAGAGAACGAAAAGGAACCAUGUAGAAACGUCGGAAGCAAAAUAGAAAAAGAAGACGAAGAAGAAAAAAAUGGUAAACCACAGGAAGAGACAAUCACUAAUGACACGAAAAAAUUGAACCAGCCUGGGGAAAUCGGAGCUUCUGAAUCAAAUGAUCAAAGAAGGGAGGGAAAAAAGGAGGACACAAAAGAAAUGAAGAGAAAAAAGAAAGAAAAAGAAAAGGGGAAGAGAAAAGAGAGAGAAAAAGAAAAAGAGAAAGAGAAGGGGAAAAAAGAACUAGAAUUCGAAAAACUCAUAAGGUCAAAUAACUACUUUGAAAAGGAAAAAAAAAAGUUACAAGAAGAUAUAGAAAAAUUAGAAAAAGAAAAAGAGGAAUUUAGAAGACAGAAAAUAAUAAGGGAACAAAAAGAAAAACAAAUGCUUCUAGAAGAAAAAUUGAAACUCGAAAAAGAAAAGGAACGUUUUGAAAACGAAAAAGUAGAACGAAAAAUGUCCUACAUGCUCAAAAUUAAUGAACUAGAGAGAAAGGAGAAGGAGAGGAGGAAAAAAGAGAUGAAGGAUCAAAAGGUGAUUGGAAGGACUCAGAUAGAGGAGGGGGAAGGGAAGAAGAAAAAGAAAAAAAAAAAACAAAGAAAGAGGCGAGAGGAGCUAAGUGGUACGGAAAAGGACGAAGAGGAAGAAAGCGAGAGAGACGAGAAAAGAGAAAAGGAGAAAGAAAAGGAGAGAAAAAUGGAGAGAAAAAUGGAAAGAGAAAAGGAAAAAGAAAAGGAAAAAGAAAAGGAGAAAGAAAAAGAGAGAAGAAUGGAGAGAGAAAUGGAGAAAGAAAAGGAGAGAAAAAUGGAGAGAGAAAUGGAGAGAGAAAUGGAGGAAAAUAUGGAUAGGGCAUUAAGCCGAGAAAUUAGCAUAAAGGUGCAGAAGGAAAUGUGCAAAAAAAUGAAGACAGGAACGGAGUCCAGAAUGGGGGAAAAAUCAGAAGAGACGGAUGAGUUGAUCCAUCUAAGUACCUUUGAUGAGGAAUUGGAUCUAAACCAGAUAUAUUCGAAGACAUCAAAUUUGGAUGAUGAAAACGAGCAGAAAAAAAAAACAAUACGAAUUCAUACAAACCGGAAGGAAUAUAUUUCCACGUCCAAUUUCUCAAAAGAUAUGAACGCGAAGAAAGAUGAUAUGGACAACUCUAAUAUUGCAAGGUACCUAUACGGAAAAACGAAAAAGAGAGAUGUGGAUAAACAAAAUUAUAACUAUGAUAAACCUCAUUAUGGGAAAAGUUUGAACGACAUGUCUUACAAUGCGAUGAAAAAGAGUGAUUUAUUUAAAGGGUUUGGUGAUACAUCACCUACCAAAACGAAGAAAAAAAUAGUUCUUGUAAAAAAACAGACAUAA